UUGUUUUACGUAGCGGAUGCCUUCUAGCCGCAUCCCAUCACUGGGAAACACAUACACACACACAUACACUAUGGACAAUUUAGCUUACUCAAUUCACCUGUACCGCAUGUGUUUGGACUGUGGGGGAAACUGGAGCACCCGGAGGAAAUCCACGCAAACGCAAGGAGAACAUGCAAACUCCACACAGAAACGCCAACUGGCCCAGCCGAGGCUCGAACCAGCAACCUUCUUGCUGCGACCUUCUUCUUUUUUUUUGGACCUUCUCGACAUGCCUCAUCCCCUCAUCGUAUUUCAGCACUCUCUUACUGUUACAAAGUGGACGCUGAAAACAGACUUGCAGAUCCAAAUGCAGUUUAUUAAAGACAACCCAGCUGAAAAAAACAGCUCAAACCAGGCGAGGCUGGUUUUAGCUGGUUGACCAGCCUGGUUUUAGAGAGGUUUCAUACAUUUCCAGGCUGGUUUUCAGCCAUUUCCAGCCUGGUCAAGCUGGGAGAUGACCAGUUAAAACCAGCUUGACCAGCCUAACCAGGAUGGGAGCCCAGCCAAAACCAGCUAUGGCCAGCUUAAACCAGGCUGGUCAAGCUGGUUUUAGUUGGUUUUAGCUGGUCAUUGGUUUUAGCUGGUCACCAGCAAGACCAGGCUGGAAAUGGCUGGAAACCAGCUUAAAAAUGGCCAAAACCCCUCUGAAAUCAGGCUGAUAAACCAGCUAAAACCAGCCAACCAUCUUAGGCUGGUUUAAGCAGUUUUUUUUCAGCAGGGAAGGUUGUGUCGUUGUGGAAAAAAGGAAUUUAUUUGCAUUACUUUUGUGUCCUUAUGUUUUAUUAGCAAAGUGUUUAGACUAACAACUAACAUCUUUUUCUUUUGGAUGACAUAUACUGACCAGGCAUACUUCUUCUAUUUUACUGCGUUGCAUACUUUUUAGAAGGAACUGCUGAAUAUGUUCUUAAUCUGUUAAAUAUCAAUUUAAUAUGAAUGCAAAUUGAAGAAGCAUCUGAAAAAGCAUGAAUAUUGCACAGGAGGGCUACUGAUUUCUCCCUCAACUGUACGUUAAAUCCAGUGUAAUUAUGUCAUUUGCACAUAUCAGAUUUCCAUGUGGGAAUGCUUCUCUUUUCUGGUGUUUCACCGUUUGCUCUGUUAACCCAUGAAACUGUCCAGCUGUGGAAUGCAGCAUGAUUACACCAGCUCCUCCUGCUUCCUGUUGCUCUCUGGAAAACAGUUACACUGGAAACACUGCUCUGGUGUAACGGUAUAUCAGAGGAGCUACAGAGUGAAGACACAAAGCACAGCUGAAGACGGGAUUCUGCUUCUGGUUACUUUUACACACUAAAACUGAAAUGUCGACUGUCGGAGCCAUGAAUCCUCCAACGAUUGUCAUCCAGCUUCAACAACUGACACAAACAGCACCGACUGUGACUGCGACCAGUUCUUCUGUGCCUGUUCACAUCCAGCAUGUUGCAGGAGUUUCACCUCUUCAAGAAAUUCAGGGCUUUCUGAAAAGCCAACCAAAAGCGCUUGGGAUUGUCCAGAUAAUGAUUGGUAUGUGGACUCUCCUGUUGGGAACCGUGUCUACAGUUCAUGGACGUUUCAUGUUUGUCUCCAGUGGCGUUCCUUACUGGGGAUCUCUCAUUUGCAUUACUGCAGGCUCGCUCUCCAUUGCCGCUGAAAGCAAAAUCAAUUCACCAUCUGGUUUAUGUCUGGUGAGAGCUUCCCUCGGGAUGAACAUUUUCAGCGCUAUAGCUGCGGGCAUUUUCAUUAUUGUGCUUUCAGUGGAUUUGGCUUUACAAUCCAUCUACGGUUACUGCGAAGACUAUGAUAUUUGUGAUAGUUAUAUGAGUCUCUUCUCUGGAAUCAGAGGUGUGUUGCUGGUGUUCGCCAUCCUUCAGCUAAUCAUCUCCAUCUGCCUAUCUGCGUUUGCCUGUAAAGUCAGCUGCUGCUAUUAUCCUCAGAUUUCUGUGGUCAACAACCCUUUAAUUCAACACCCUCCUGCAGAAAUCCCUCAACAGCACAUUCAAUGUCCUCAAGAAGUCCCCCAACAAGACAUUCAAUGUCCUCAAGAAAUCCCCCAACAGCACAUUCAGCAUCCUCCUGCAGAAGCUCCCCCAGCGUACGCCGCAGGCAAAUCACUGUGAAUCAACAUGAAAAACUGGGCAGCGUGACGGUUCUGCUGCUUUGAUGCUGUGACGAUACGAGUUACCUAAACAUUGUGUAUCUGAUGUUACAUCAUCAGAUUAUGUGUAAAAUUAAUAUUCUAGUCGUCUACAUAGAUAUCACUGUGUAUUUUAUAUGCUCUACAUCUGUAUCUUUGUUUUGCUAUGACCUAUGUGUAUUUCAAAAUAAAAGUUUGUUUGUAAAUGCU